AUGACGUAUAUCUCUGAGCUUUCGUGGGAUUUGGUAGAGAAGAUUCUCUCCAGGGUUCCCAUAACUAGUAUCGGAGCGGUGAGAUCCACUUGCAAACUAUGGAACGGCUUAUCCAAAUACCGGAUUUUGUGUAGCGCAGAAGCAAGGCGGCAUCAGUUUCUACGGUUCAUGGUGAAGAAUUAUAAGCUUUGUUCAUUGAGAUUCGAUCUCCAUGGAAUCCUCGACGAUGAAGAAUUUGUGGAUCCAUCUAUAAAGGAGAUCAUCAGUGAUUCAUUUAAUCAACUCAAGGUAACUAAAGUCUUUCAUUGCGAUGGCUUAUUGUUAUGUGUCACCAAAGAAAAGGACAUAGAGACGGAGGAGGAAAGUACAAGCCUCGUGGUUUGGAACCCGUAUUUGGGACAAACCAGGUGGAUCCAACCUAGACAUAACUACCACAGAUUAGACAGUUAUGCUCUCGGAUACGACAGCAAUAGUCGUAAACACAAAAUCUUGCGGUUUUUGGAUGAUGAAGAUGACUACAAUCUCGGAAACCACCUCAUUGUAUACGAAAUCUAUGAUUUUAGCUCUGAUUCAUGGAGGGUCAUUGAUAUCAAUCCGGACUGGGAUAUAAUUUUCUUUCAACGCGGUGUGUCUCUUAAGGGCAAUACUUAUUUUUUUGCUAAAGAGAAAUUUUUAGUACUAGGGGUAGGGAUACCACCAGGAGAAUUCCCAGAGCCUCAUGAUGACUUACUCUGUUUUGAUUUUACAAGAGAGAGAUUUGGACCGCCUCUGCCUCUGCCGUUUCACCACUAUACUGACGAUACCGGGGCCCUGUCUUCUCUUAGAGACGAGCAACUCGCAGCGUUAUAUCAGUGCUGGAGUAUGCCUGAGGUGAAUAUUUGGGUGACAACUAAGAUUGAGCCCAAUGCAGUGUCGUGGGCCCCCUUUUUAAAAAUUGACACAGAACCACUCACAGAUUAUGAAUUUCAGUUUCACUUUAAUGGUGCCAGUUUCUUCAUUGACGAGGAGAAGAAAGUUGCUGUAGUUUUCCAAUUAGACGACCAGUUAGAAGACCAUUUAGACGAAACCUGCUACGACAAUGCUUACCUCAUUGGAGAGAAUGGUUACUUUGAAAAGGUUGGUCUUGGAGAAGCUGCGAAUCCCCUAGAAUCUAACAACCUGGAAGAAUAUUGCCCACUUGUGUGCUCUUGCUCGUAUGUUCCCAGUUUAGUUCACAUCAACCAAUUUGCAGGAGACAAAAAUUAA